AGCCGCCCGCAGCCAGCUGGGCGUAGAGACGACUCUCCGACCAAAAGUGUCACAUGACGCCGGAUGCAGCAGGUCUUGGCUUGGGCUUCCACCCAGUUGGAAGGAGUCUUCCUGCCGGACGCCUGCUGUUGCAGUAGUGUCAAAGGCCCUGAGCUCGGUGGCAAAUAUGGCGACUUGGUCGUGUUUUCCGAUUGGGACACGACGGAGCACGUCCCUGGCUUCGCGGAGAUUCCAAGGCUGGACGCCGACGGCACGGCGCGGCCCUCCUCCGGGCCCGCAAGGCCGCACGGCGACGGGCUGCGCCAGGUGGAGUCCUACGAGAUGGAAGAUCCGAUGGCUGCCCGGGAGGUCUUACAGCUCAGAGAGCAGAUGAAGAACUUCGUCCAAGAGAUGGUCAUUGGAAGAGACGUGUGCAUCGUCCUGGAGGAGGAGAAUCAAACUGAGACUGGUUGGCUUCGGCUGACGCCCAACUUGUUGGCCCUGCGGCUCGACGUCGCGGAGGUGUCCCACGAGAUCCUUCUGAGGAACAUCCGCGAUGCGCGGGCGGGGAAGAUGGGCGACGGUCCCGUGAAGCUGGAUGAUCUCUGCAGCACCCUGAUGCUGAAGGGCGGAGAGUGUGUCUCGUUCCGUUUCGCGACGAUGGCGGAGCGGAAUCACUUCACCAAGUGCGUGAAGGUCUUGGCCCUGGCAUUGGAGCAGUAGUCGAAAAGAUCCAUUAGCUUGUGCAGAUGACUCACAAUCCUUCCAUUCUUGAAGCACGUGG